UGGUAGUAAUAUUCGGAAUACUCAUCGGUCAGAGUGGUCCUUGGUCCGCAGUCCACUUUUGUCUGCAAUUGCCGCGACACGCCGGGUGUCCGCAACGUAGUGUCCGCGAAUCUAGUUGACGGUACGCGCGUAACAGGUCCGCAGUUGGUGAAUAUUGUUUGUUGACAAGGAGUCUGAGCCGAGUGUUCUUCUCACUGGACUUGUGGUGUGAUUGAAUCAUCUACUGGAAGUUCUGUUGGUCGCUUUUUUACCAACACCGUUUUGUUCCAGAUGAUGGCCAUGGGGGAAUCGAUACCAUUGCCAGACCGCAAGCGGCAGCUGGUGACGCAGCAGUCGACCGUGUGGAGCCGCAGGCAGCAUGCGGUCUGCGUGCGACGAGCGUGCAAACGAUAUGGCACCACUGUCAUUCUUGACAAUCUGAACAUGACCGUGCCCAAGGGGACCAUUUAUGGUCUGCUGGGAGCUAGCGGCUGCGGUAAAACUACACUACUCAGCUGCAUUGUGGGACGUCGACGGUUGAACAGCGGAGAGAUCUGGGUGCUGGGAAAACCUGGCUCAAAAGGGAGUGGAGUACCAGGCCCUAGAAUAGGUUACAUGCCUCAGGAAAUAGCUCUAUAUGGCGAGUUCACCAUAAGAGAGACAAUGAUCUACUUUGGAUGGGUGGCCGGGAUGACCACAAAGCAAGUAGUCGAGAAAAUCGACUUUCUCGUUUCAUUUCUGAAGCUGCCCAGUGCAAAUAGAUUGGUCAAGGCGUUGAGUGGCGGUCAACAAAGAAGAGUAUCAUUUGCGGCGGCUCUAAUCCAUGAUCCUGAGCUUUUGAUUCUUGACGAGCCAACAGCUGGAGUCGACCCAGUACUCCGUCAGAAUAUUUGGGACCACUUGGUUAGCCUGACAACCGAGAAUGGCACAACGAUUAUUAUAACCACUCAUUACAUCGAUGAAACACGGCAGGCUGGAAUGAUUGGACUAAUGAGAGGAGGACGAUUUCUAGCUGAGGAGUCACCCGCAUUUCUUCUACAAAAGCACAACUGUGACAGCUUGGAGGAUGUUUUCCUGAAACUCAGUCUCUUGCAGAACAGAUUCAAGAGGAGAAGGAGCAGCAUCUUACUGGAAGUAACGCAGGCUGCAGCUGCAACUAUGCCUGUAGAUCCCCUGCCGCCCGAUGAAGAAGUGCCUUGGACAUGGAGCGAGUUCUUCUCAGUCAUCACACCUCAUCACAUGAAGGCACUCGUCUGGAAAAACUCACUUUGGAUGUUGAGAAAUGUUCCGAUAAUGUUGUUCAUAAUAGGACUCCCGGUGGCACAGAUUGUCCUAUUCUGUUUGUCGAUUGGCAAGGACCCUGUGGGCCUGAAGCUAGCUGCCGUAAACCUUGAAGUCAACACGAGCCUUGGAAACUGCCCUGUCAUGGACGGAUGUGUCUAUGAGAAUUUCAGUUGUAGAUAUGUCAAUCACCUUCGGAAACGGACGCAUAUAGUGGAUUUCUAUGAUAGCAGUAGAGAAGCGGAAAUGGCGGUUCAGAAAGGCACCGUGUGGGGCAUGAUGGAAUUCUCAUCUGCAUUCUCUACAGCAUUGCAGAAUAGGAUUGAAUUUGGAAGAAGUGCCAAUGACUCCGACAUCUUGGAUAGCGAAGUCAAUAUCCGGCUCGACAUGUCAAAUCAGCAUAUUGCCUAUCUCCUGAUAAGAGAUAUAAAUAUUGCGUUUGAGACAUUCGCUGAGGAGCUGGCAACACUGUGUGAAGUCAACCCUAAAGCAAUCACCAUACCAGUCAAUUUCGAAAAUCCUGUCUAUGGUCCAGUAAUUCCAAACUUCACAGACUUUGCAGCACCAGGAGUAAUGUUAACAAUUAUCUUCUUCUUGGCUGUGGCAUUGACAUCAGGUGCUAUGUUGAUUGAACGGAAUGAAGGAAUGCUAGAAAGAGGAUUGGUAUCAGGUAUCACAGGUGUUGAGAUCCUUCUAGCUCAUGUAAUCACACAAUUCGUUGUGAUGGUGGGACAAUCUAUUAUGGUAGUGAUGUUUGCCCUAUUUGUGUUCAACAUCACAAACAAUGGAGAGAUUAUUUGGAUUCUUCUGUUGGUCAUUCUUGAUGGAAUGUGUGGCAUGACAUUUGGUUUCGUGGUGUCUUGUGUAACUGACAGUGAGAGAAACGCAACGUAUUUGGCAAUGGGAAGUUUCUUGCCAUUUGUUAUGCUUUGUGGUAUAAUUUGGCCAGUUCAAGGUAUGCACACGAUUUUGAGGUCAAUCAGCUACAUUCUUCCCCUGACCCUGUCAACAGAAUCACUGCGUUCAAUUCUGGCCAAAGGAUGGAGUAUAACCCGACCGGCCGUCUACUAUGGUUUCAUCUCAAUCAGCUUAUGGAUUGCUAUCUUUCUUACAGCUAGUGUCCUACUUAUCAAAUUCAAAAAGGGUUAAAAAACAUAUCCCCAAAUUGUAUUAUUGUAUAUAGUGUUGUUAAGUAUAAUAUUAAUAAUUUUUAAUUGUAUGAUUAGGGUAAGAUUAUGUUUUUAAAACUGUAUAAAAUCGCUAUUUAUCUGUUUAGGCUAUUGUGUGUACCUUUUCCUCCUCAUUACAAAUAUAAUAUUAUUAGAACAGAACAGUCACAAACACGAUAUUUGGAAAGAGAAACAGGCAAUUGUCCAAAACUUCUUCAAUUCCUUGAUUUUGGCACAUAAAUAGUCCAAAGUGAGGUUAAGUUUAAAAUUUCUGUUUGCUGUAUUAUAACAGAAUACAGCAUUCAUGUUGUGUUCUGUGAUAUUAUUCAUUCAUAAAUUGUUGAAUCCAUAUUAUGAAUAUCAUUCAUAAAUCAUACAUAUUAUGAAUCUCAUUCUCAUUCAUAAAAUCUGAAUAAAUUCUAUUCAUGAUAAGUUACAUUUUGUUCAUCGGGAAGAAUAUUAGAUUUGUCAUCUGAGAAAAUGUUGACUUUCUCCAAGUUUUGAAUGUUUGUAAGUGAGAAUAAUUUAUCAUAAAUAAACUAUUUAAUUCA